GAUCGCGAAUCGUGACUUACACCAAUCCUCCGCGACACCCAACGACUUCACCAAUUGUCCACAAGGCACCGGGCCACUCAAUUCCUCCUCUACAACAUGUCCAGCCACAUACCGCUCAGCCCAUACGACGAGCACACCGGCGACCAGACUUCCGAUGCAGGACUCACCGAGGCGGACCUGCUGAUCCGCCAGCGGCUUGCGCCGGAGCUUGCACUACAACAAUGGCACACCCAGCAGUUCAUGCCACCGCCGCCCGCUCCUCCUCCCGCACAGCCACAGCCGCAAUCACAGCGAUCACAGCCAGUGUACGUACCGGAGGCCGCGGCACCGAAGCCAGUAGCCCGAAGCACCCGCGCGAAAGCGGCGGCAGCCAAACCCACAGCGCGCACGACCACGCGGCGGCGCAAAGCCAGCAUCGUGGCCAAGGACGAGAGCGAUGGGUCGAUCAGCGAAGAGGAGUUUACGAUGGAGGGGGUGAAGACCAAAUCGGGGCGCAAAGUGCACCGGCCCGCACACUUCAACCCCGCACAGAAGACGCCGUCGCGGCGGCGCGGUCCCUACAGACGCAGCCACGAUGCCCGCAUCUGCAAGGUGUGCCAGCGUGGACAUUCCCCACAGUCGAAUAUGAUCGUGUUCUGCGACGGCUGCAAUGGGCCGUUUCAUCAGCUCUGCCAUGAUCCGCCGAUUGACGACCUCGUCAUCCAGGUCGAGUCCGCCGAGUGGUACUGUGCUGCGUGCGCAAAGAGUAGAGAGCAGAAGCCGCUGCAGAUGGGGCUCCCGGGGACGGGCUUGACGGAGGAGGAGAAGAAGUUGUAUCUGGCUAGUUUGCCGAUGGCGAGCUUGAUGGAGAUUAUCCUCUUUGCUGAGAAGACCCAUCCCGACCUGCCGAUAUACGAUCCAAGGGCGAAAGAGCUUGCAGCGGCAUUCAAAGCCAACCAUGCGGUGAAGCUGGACGAUGGCACUCCCGGUGUCGUUGGCGAAGAUGGAAUCACAGAGAUGGAAGACACAGGCGGACCAAACUGGGAGGAGAUGAUAAUCCGCGCCAUCACCGCUCUGGACGUCGGCAAGGGAGCACAGCCAAAAAACAUCUUUGACUGGAUAUCCACCAACUUCCCCGCGCUCACCGGCCGCGACAUCCGCCUCGAAGCGCAACCGUCAUUACAAAGCGCGCUUCGCAAAGGUCGUCUGCUACGGGAUGGCCACUCCUACCGUAUCAACCCCUCCUUCUCCGCGCCGCUCACGCCGAAACCGCCCGGCAUGCUCGCCCCCGGCUCCGGAAUAAAGCUUCCGCUCGAAACGGAAAUGCUCGGCGCAGCCUAUCUCCUCGUCGAUUACGAUACGAUAGCGUUCUCGCAUCGCUGCAACGCUAGACAGCAAAGUGUCGACGACGAUCUGAUGGAUGGCAUUGCGUUUGCGGAGCAGCAGGAUCCUACCACUACUGCUGUUCAGUAGAAAUGGACGGACCAGGGGAUGGUGCAGCGUUGGGGCGUGCAGGGACACAGUGAUUGGGGGUGGUCGUGAAUACGACGGUGAAUACGACGACGACGUUGAGGAGGAGGGUGAGGAGGGCGGUGAUUGGAGGCUGUAUCAAUAUACUUGCUACGGGGAUAUGUUGGUGUUGGGACGCUGAUACCUACCUACCGACCUACGUGUGGUUGUCUUCUUCUUUUAUCAUACAUGUCUUCUUUGAUUUUACGGUGUUACCUGUUACCUGUUUUCUUCUCUUUUGUUGGGAUUUCGUUCUGUGGGGCCCGGACUUUCUGUUACAUACUCUAUUGUACAUACAGAGUACAAAGUACAUACAGAGUACAUGCGAAGUACAUUCUUAUGAGCAAUCUCCGCGGCAUACGGGAUGG